CCUACAUCCCGUGUCCGCGUGGCCUAAGAGCAAACAUCCCUCUUUCGCCUUCGACUGCGCCCUUGCCGAGAACUGCGACGCCCUGAUUUCACACCCACUCAGAUGGCCGGGUUCCACCAGAGUUACCAGCCAUAUCCGAACCCUCCUCCUCAAGGCCAGAACCCGUAUCCUCCCUCUCCACAACCUCCGUACGGAUCUGGUGCCACACCCUAUCCGACAAUGCCCCCCGCCCACAACCAAUACGCCUCACCCCCGCCAUACCCGCCAUCCUCCUACAAUCGACCUCCUCCGCCGCCGCCGUCUGCAGCGCAGCCCUACGCCCAACAAGCUGGCGGCUAUGGGCAGCCUGGCGCGUAUGGGCAACAGCCUCCAGCACAAUACUCCCAGCAGUACCCACCACAGCAACCGGCGUACGGACAGGGACAACAGCCGGGAUAUUUUCCGCCUCCCGGACAAUACCCGCCGCAGCAGCAGCACGGCGGAUAUCCUCCUCAGGGUCAACCUCCCCAUGGCCAACCCCCCCAAGGCCAACAAUAUGGCGCCCCUCCUGCCCAGGCUGGGCCCCAAGAAGUAGCUGCAUACCGAAGCACCUUGCAGACCACCAUCCGGCAAAAGAACCUUUUGUCAUUCUAUGGCGCGGAUAGCUCCGCGUUGGAGCAGAUUGCUCAGCGCGCCUCCACCAAAGUCGGCCAGAUGUGCCAGCGCUGGCGUAUUCCCAAGGAAGUGGGUAAUGAUAUUGUUAGCCUUGGCUUGUUCGACAUCUGGCUGUAUGUCGACGACAGUGGCUCAAUGGCGUUUGAGGAGGAUGGCGAGCGUAUCGCGGAUCUCAAGCUCAUCAUUGAACGAGUUGCCUACGCUGCUACCCUGUUCGACGACGAUGGCAUCAACAUUCGAUUCAUGAACUCGAACCCGCCCGAGCAGCUCUGCAACAACAUUCGAACGGAACAGCAAGUCCAACAGCUCAUGUCGAAUGUGCAGUUCAAGGGCCUUACUCCCAUGGGAACCAAGUUGAACGAAAAGGUCAUCCAGCCCAUCUUGGCGGACGCUAAUAGGAACACGCUCAAAAAACCUGUUCUUGUCAUCACCGUCACGGAUGGACAGCCUGCUGGUGAACCACAGGGUGCCGUUUUCGAGACUAUCAAGCAAGCCUCUGCAGCUCUUGCACGAACCCCCUAUGGGCCUGGCGCAAUAAACUUCCAGUUUGCUCAAGUCGGAAACGAUGAGAAGGCCGGUAAGUUCCUCGCUACUUUGGAUGCGGACCCCACCGUCGGAAACCUGGUCGACUGCACAUCCAACUAUGAAAAUGAGCAAGUUGAGAUGGCUCGUGCAGUUCCACCAGUUGACCUGACACCUGAGCUUUGGCUCAUCAAACUUCUCAUGGGUGCCAUCGAUCCUUCGUACGAUCGCAAAGACGAAUUGACCCAGACACCGCCUGUGCCUGGCUAUGGGGGCCCUCAAGGCCAAUACGGCGCCCCCCAAGGUCAAUAUGGACAGCCUCCACAAGGCCAGUAUGGGCAGCCUCCUCAAGGCCAAUACGGACAGCCGCCUCAAGGACAAUACGGAGCGCCUCCUCAAGGCCAAUACGGAGCUCCUCCCCCAGGCCAAUACGGGCAGCAGCCCCCUCAGGGUCAAUACGGACAGCCUCCUCAAGGUCAAUACGGACAGCCUCCCCCAGGCCAGUACGGACAACAGCAGAGGCCUCCACAGCAAGGCGGUUAUCCCGGUCAGGCACCUUAUCCUGGCCAGCAGCCUGGUUACCCCCCUGGAAGGCACUAGAUUCUGCUCGACUCUUGUGGAAAGCAAGUUCACCUUCUGCUUCCUGGAAGGAUUUCCUUACACUCUUGGUUUUCCUUCUUUGUCAUGUCUUCUGAAUGGGAAGGUUGCUGGUUCUCUAUACGAGACUGCUCUGGUGGCCAUGGAAAAGGCGGCACAUAGCUUGUUGUGAGCUCUAGGUAGUCGGUAGCUUCCUCGGAAAAUUGGAAUAUCACUUGAGUCGGCCUUUACGCUCAUUUGUGUGAUACAACUUCGAAGCGACAUGGCGAGACCGCUUUGCGAACAAUUCAUUUGGAGCUAGAAGUAAAAUGGAUAUUAGUGUGAUAUGGAUCGCUUCCGGAUGCGUAUGAUCAGGGCGGGCGCAGCGUGCUACUUUUGAAGUCCAUCUUAAUCUUAGCCUCAGGCGGUCGAUCAGCUCAUCGGUAAGGAAAAGCCAAAUCUACGCACACCACAGGGUAUUCCCCAAGCU